AUGACGCUUACUGUUUGUGUAGGAAGCAGUGGGUCAGGAAACAUGAGACCAUAUAUCGUUGUAAGCAAAAUUCCCAAUUUUGAUCCAACGGACCUGCCUUUUUGGGAGAUCUACGAAAAUGAAGGAGUCGCUGACCAUAUCAAAGCAGGGGGGACGCUGGCCGGAAAAUUCACUCAAGGGCUUUCUGGAGGGCAACGAAAGCUCCUCUUGUUCGAGCUCGUUUGCCAGCGAACUAGAAAUCAAAAGGAUUUGCUCAUUGCGCUAGACGAGCCCUUCUCGGGUGUUACAGACGAUUUUGUUCCUUUUAUCAAAGAUCGACUUCAUGAUCUAAAGAAGAAACACAAUAUUGUUUUAGUCACCAAUGAUCAUGUGGAAACUUUGACUGAUAUGGCAAACAACACAAUAACAGUUUCGGCAGUUGAUCGCUCAAUUGUGCGAAUUAACGAACGUGAGGUGAACAGAGAAAAAGCUAUACUUGCGUUAGCGCUCGGUGAGCGCUACACUUACGCAUCGUCCGGGCCCGACUUUAAAUUCUUUUUCGACGUGGAAGUAUUGAGCGGAAGUCUUUUGCAAAUUUUAUAUUUUGCCAUUGUCACCUUUUCUUUGUAUCUCGCAACCUUUUGGGACUCGAAUGAGGAAAACGCCCCUUUAGUUCUGAUUGCUGGAAGCAUCAUAGCAUUUUUCAACAUAAACCCUUAUCUACUCUCUUUGGUCGAAUGGAGAAACUCGAUGCUCGAAGAGUCUGAAGCCUUGGUGCAUUCAUCCGCAAAUAUGAACCGGGUAUUAAAGGUCAUCCUCACAAUGUCUGUCAUAUUUGUUCUGUCAGUGGUGGAAUUCGGAGUGGUAAACGCAGUCAUCGAUGGUUUGUUUCUAGAAUUCAGGUAUUGGUUGGCGAUGCUGUGCGACAGCGCCUCAUUGACGCUUCCCCUAACAGUGCAAAUAGUGGGCAGUAGUCCAUUUUUGUUGAUGGUCUUUGCCUCGACAACGUUCAGUCCCGGGGCAGGCGUUCCUGUUUUGAAGGAGCUGAGAUAUCUCUUCCCGCGAUUCUAUUGGUGGUGUAUUGUUCCCGAAGUCCAGAAUCUCAUGGAAGGAUGCCCCCCUGAUAACGUAAUUCCGUUGUACUUGGUUCUUAGCGCCUUUGUUGGUGUCUUUAUUCUUUGCUUUAUUUUGGGAAUAGGCAGGGUAAAGACAGGCUUUCACCGCAACAAGCGAGAGAACAAGAGGGAGGAAAUGCUUGAUGAUGAAUUUGAAGAGCUUCAAAGCAAUAUGUAUGGAGAAAAAGCUCUUCGUCGCCUCAGAGGGAACGGGUCGAGCUCAGCAGACGAGACACAAAAUAAUGAAAACGAUGAGAACUUGUAG